GUCGCCAAGGCCAAUAUCUGCUCAUCGCCAAGCAUCGUACGUGAUAAUCUGCUCAUUUCACGCCUCGUAUAAGUAGACCGUGCGAUUCCCCUCUCCAUUGGUCCCCCAACCUGCAACACCAUCACCGUCACCAUCAUCAUCACCACCACCAUGGACAUGCACAUGUCCAGCAGCUCCAACUCGAGCGCCUGCUCGGUAGCCAUGUUAUGGAAUUGGACCACAAUCGAUGCCUGUUUCCUCUCCUCCACCUGGCACAUCAACACGGCGGGCCAAUUCGCCGUCUCAUGCAUCGCAGUCGCCUUCCUCGUCGUUGUGCUCGACUUCCUCCGCCUCCUAAGCAAGCAAUACGAGGAGCAUCUCCAGCGACAAUUCCAGCGCUACGUUGCAGCGCAAUCAACGUCGGACCGCAUGCAGUUUUUCUGCGGCGACAGCCUGGAGCACGGGCCAACGGUGCUUACCUUCCGAGCCAGUCCCCUGCAGCAGCUGGCGCGGGCGCUACUGCACACGCUGCAGUUCGGGCUCGCCUACAUUAUCAUGCUGAUCGCCAUGUACUACAAUGGGUACAUGAUCAUCUCCAUCUUCCUAGGCGCGUUUCUGGGGAAGGUGUUCUGCGACCGGGGCGAGUACCGUGUCGUCGUGGCGCGGCCGGGGGCCAGGACACCGGAUGCGACGAAGGCAAUGGAGAUGGAGCCGGGGAAACAGACAGAAGAGUGGACGACGGGUUGUUGUGGGUAGUUAGGGUAUAGUUUAUUUCAUAGUGUAACGAAGCCCAUCUUGUCUUGAGAUUCAAA